GCCUGUCUUUACAUGAAAACCUACCCCUUUUAAGCCCCCCUUCUAAUUCACUUCCCUAUUACUGCUAAUAUCUUUCUGCCCACAAAACGUCCAAAUUUCUCUUUCCUUUCCUCUCAUUUUCCUACCUAAUUUCUACCGACCCGUCCAUUUCACUUUUCAGCUUCCCUCCCUCCCUCCCUAUUUUUCCAUAAGCCACUCUAGAUCUGUUAAAACCAUGCUUAUUUAUUGGAUGUGAUUCUGAGUUGGAAAUCGAACUUGGAGUUUGCUUAUCGACAUGAUGAAAGGAUAAUUAUGAUGAAGUUGAUGCCUGAUGUGUAAUAAACUCGGGAGAGCAGAGCCUUAGUGUACGAUAGAGAUGCCUCUGUCCACUUGUAGAGCUACAGAGUCCUCUAUUUUAGCGGGGACAAGGUGGCCGUAGAGAUAUGUCUGCAGUCUUCCUUUUCUGUGUUUUAAACAACUUAUGGAUGGUGUGAAAUGGCAGCAACAGCAGCAACUACUCUCUCAGUUGGCUCAACCACAUCUCUGGGCUGCAAAGGGAGCUCAAUAUCACAAUCAAAAGCCUUUGGUGUGAAAUUCAACUCCAAAAACAACCUUAGGACUUUCAGUGGUUUGAAGGCUGCGACAAAUGUAAGCUGUGAAGCAGAAUCGUCCUUUCUUGGGAAAGAAAGUGUUGCAGUCCUUAAACAAUCUUUUACUCCAAAGGCCCAAAAAGAAAACAAGGAAUAUGGUAAUAUUGUUCAGCCUCAAGCAUCUUACAAAGUUGCUAUUCUUGGAGCCAGCGGUGGUAUUGGGCAACCUUUGGCUCUUUUGGUGAAGAUGUCACCAUUAGUUUCAGAGCUGAACCUUUAUGAUAUAGCUAAUGUCAAAGGAGUUGCGGCUGAUCUUAGUCACUGCAAUACUCCCUCCCAAGUUUCCGAUUUCACGGGAGCCGCUGAAUUGGCCAACUGCUUGAAAGGUGCAAAUGUGGUGGUCAUACCUGCUGGUGUUCCUAGAAAGCCUGGUAUGACACGUGAUGACCUGUUCAACAUUAACGCAAACAUUGUGAAAACAUUGGUUGAGGCUGUUGCUGAUAACUGCCCUGAUGCAUUUCUCCACAUCAUUAGCAAUCCAGUCAACUCCACAGUGCCGAUUGCGGCAGAGGUGUUGAGGCGAAAGGGUGUUUAUGAUCCUAAAAAACUUUUUGGUGUUACAACCCUAGAUGUUGUCCGGGCAAACACAUUUGUAGCUCAGAAGAAAAAUUUGAGGCUUAUUGACGUGGAUGUCCCAGUUGUGGGCGGCCAUGCUGGUAUUACCAUAUUGCCUUUGUUAUCAAAGACAAAACCAUCAACUACAUUCACUGACGAAGAAGUACAGGAGCUAACUGUGAGGAUUCAAAAUGCUGGCACAGAAGUUGUGGAGGCAAAGGCUGGUGCAGGGUCUGCUACACUUUCCAUGGCUUACGCAGCAGCAAGAUUUGUUGAGUCCUCACUCCGUGCACUUGAUGGAGAUAGUGAUGUCUACGAGUGUGCUUUUGUGCAGUCUGACCUAUCAGAGCUUCCAUUCUUUGCUUCUAGGAUUAAAUUGGGAAAGGACGGAGUUGAGGCUUUGAUUUCAUCUGACCUUCAAGGAUUGACCGAGUAUGAACAGAAAGGUCUGGAUGCUUUAAAGCCAGAAUUGAAGGCUAGCAUUGAGAAGGGUAUAGGUUUUGUUCAGAAAGAACCUGUAGCUGCUUAGAUUAUUAUACAAGCUGCAGAAAUGAUGACAGGAAUAAACUAAUAUAUCAAAAUUCAUGAUGUCGACAAAUUCCAGUUUUGCAGUUGAAUCAAAAGUGCUUCUCUUACGGAGAAACAAACAAUAGUUUUGUAGGAUUUCAUCUCCUUUUGCGGUAUGUAAACUCUAAGCGACGACGUUGAGGCACUCCUGUCAUGUUCCAUUUUUACUGUUAAAUCAAGUUUUCUCUAUAUAUAA